UGCAGAGUAGUUCGCUACUUCUGUUUUCUUCGUCUCUCUGAGGAGAUUCACUUUUACUUCGCAGACAAGAGUUGUUUACUGGUGUUCAACGGGGAAAUAACGAAAGAGUGGAUGCAAAGAAUGUGAGGCAAUAUUUGUUAAGAUGGCAUCUCUUAACCAUUCCACCUCCAUUCUGCCUUCCUGCACCUACAAGGAGGACUUCAAGCGCAUCCUCCUCCCGUCCGUCUACAGCCUGGUCUUCAUUUUUGGACUGCCGCUCAACUUCAUCAUCAUUCUGCGGAUCUGGGGCUCCCGGCGCGCUCUGACGCGGACCAAAAUCUACAUGCUGAAUCUAGCGGUGGCGGACUUCCUGUACGUCUGUUCCCUUCCGCUUCUCAUAUACAACUACGCCAGCAAGGACUACUGGCCGUUCGGAGACUUCACCUGCCGCUUGGUUCGCUUCCAGUUCUACAGCAACCUGCACGGAAGCAUCUUCUUCCUCACCUGCAUCAGCUUCCAGCGCUACAUGGGCAUCUGCCAUCCGCUGACGGUGUGGCCCAGACAAGGCGGACGCAGGCUGGCGUGGUUGGUCUGCACUGGCGUCUGGGUGGCCGUCGCCGUUCUCUGCGCUCCAACGUUCGAGUUCGCCGCCACCGGCAUCCAGCGCAACCGCACGGUGUGCUACGACCUGAGCGUUCCAGAGCGCUCCACAGCGUACUUCCCGUACGGCAUCACUUUGACCUGUCUGGGCUUCGUCGUGCCCUUUCUAGUGAUCGUGGUGCUGUACUGCAAAAUGGCACGGGUUCUCUGGCAAGCCGGCGAAGCUCGAGAAGCCGCGGCUGUAGAGAGGAAGAAUAAAGCCUUGAGGAUGAUCAUCAUUGUGAUGCUGGUGUUCGCCAUCAGCUUCUUGCCGUUCCACGUGACAAAGACGCUCUACCUGCUGGUAAGGACCUUUCCCACGGCCCCCUGCGAACUGAGGAACCUGCUGUCUGUGGUCUACAAAUGCACCAGACCCUUCGCCAGCAUGAACAGCGUUCUGGACCCCAUUCUGUUCUACUUCACCCAGCCGCAGUACAGACGCAGCACCAGGAGUCUGCUGCUCAAGAUCACCUCGCUCAGAGACAAGGUUGACAAAAUCUGAUUGGAGCACACCUGCUUGGGUCAAAAAUAACUGUGUGUUAAAGCAAGACACUACAGUACAAUCAUAGCCAUGUUUUUUUUCCUCCACUAGACAUAUUUGAGUUUUUUUUAGGCUAAGGUUUACAAAUUAGUAUCUUUUGAAAGGGUACCACUGUAGUGACAGUUUUGUAAAUUAAUUUGUGAGAGUGUAGAGGAAAAAUACAUCCAAAAUAGACAUUUAAAGGUGCAGAAGAAAAAAGACAUGCCCCUAACCAAAAUAAUCACACCCCUGUUUUGAUAGCUCCGCCCCCAAUUCUUUAACAUACUUUGCAACACAGGCACCUCCCCCAUCAUUAGUGGACACGCCCCUUGCUGCUGAUUGGCUACAAGUGUGUUCUGGUGUUCUGUCCGAUCCUCUUUCAACAGCCUUUCUCAGAAAUGGCUUACUGCACCUUUAAGUGUUUAUUUUGACACGAUCUGUGUCUAUAGAUUUCAGUUCCAGUACAUAUCUCUAAAAGCUCUUUUCUCAAAACUAUUUUUGUUUUUUUUAAUACACUAAUCCAAAAAUCUCCACUUCAGCAGCACUUACA